AUGACGACCGCUCUUCAGCAGCAAUUGGCUGCUAUUGCUGCCAACAGCACACACCAACUCGACCUGAAAGCGCAAAAGACCCGUCACAGCAAGUCGCUGCUGUUCGAAGCAAGAGAUGCAGCGUCGCAAAACUUUGACACGAUAUACCAAAUAUGUCUGGAGGGAUUCGAGGAGCUGUGUCAAUUGGACAACCGAUUCUUGCCCUAUCGGAGGAAUCUGUUCAGCGAGCAGAGUAAGAAUGAGGAUCGCACGCGCAUGACUGCGAAUGAGAACAAGGAAUUGGAUGGCGUUAUUGAGCGUUUCCUGGGGCUUCUUGGGGCACGAUUGCUGCUCAAGCCUGGGAUGAAAGCGGCAGAGUGGUUAGUGCGCCGGUUCAGAGCGCACGAGUACAAUACGGAGCCUCUGCUCUUGACGUUUCUGCCAUACCACACCUCGCAAAUCUUCCCGACAUUGCUUUCCAUCCUUCCGGAGACCCUACCUGCAAACUUCCGGUUCCUACACCCAUAUGUUGCAUCCUUGCAAAGUCCACCCAGAUAUGUCAUUGUUUCGGCCGCCAUCACCAGUCCGACUUUCUUCGCCGCGUUCAGCGAGUAUGUUCUGGACGUGGCAAAGUCGCACCACCACUCAGCACUUCUCCUCGGAUUCUGGGCGAGUGUUACGGCACAGACUGUCAACGGUAUGAUGGACGCCACUCGGUCUGGUCGCGAGGCUGUCCGACAACAGAAGGAGGAAGACGUUUUGCUCAGGGUGCUACCGAUCCUGCAACGAGCUCUCGGAAUCAGCGACGUUCCUGAGCUCUUUUUGGGAUCUUGCAUGAUCAUGACAAUACUGGCCACCAAGGCAUCACUCAACGAGAAUGUCAUCAAUGCGAUGAUGGAGGCCGUAGCAUCUGCGUGGAACGAACAGACAUUGGAGGAUGGGAUCACAUGUCUCGCCGUGCUCGGAGAAGAGAAGCAGCAAUUGUCCCUCUCGCGCAAGGUGACUCGCGCGCUGAUCAAGCAGGAUAAAGCGCUCGCCAUCAUUGAAAAGACCGGGACCACUUGCCGCGCGGACAGACUCCUCGCUGGGCUUGCACACGGUGCUAUCGACGCGAUCGCCAGGAAUGCUGACCCUAAGGCGUCGCAACUCCUCAUGGAUAUUCUCGAAUCUGAUUUGCUGUCUCAAGGAUACACCAUCCUGCUCCUCGAGGCUACCAUGAAGGCUGUUGCGGACGUGGAUGCCACCGCUGGCGAGGACAGCGGUCGAUCCGAAUUGCUCGCAGUCCUGGGCCGCUUCGGAAGUCAUGAAGGCGGCACUCGCCUGAUUGAACUCGCGGUAAAAAAAUCACAAGUGGAUCUGGCACGGCUGGACGCAAGCUUGGCACUGCAGCUCGACGCCAUUGAUGUGGAGGAGGCGAACAGCGAUGUAGAAGAACUGGCGCUGCUACAGGCAGACGAGGCUUCCAUCGCAACAGUCCUUGAUCUGAGCCACCUGCCAGCACUACCAUACAAAGAUGCGUCAUUCCUGGACCCGGAUAAUCAGGACCUUUUCAAUGGCUACAUGGCAGCAUUCGACAAAGCUCUGCCUUCUGACAAGGACCUUGCUGCGCUGUUGAACCUCCACUCGUUGCAAAGGAAGCACUGUUCGCAACAGCCGGGCGUGCUUUCUUUCUUCACCCACGUCUGGACCUCUGGUGCAAACAAUUCUAGCCGCCUUAAGGCGCUUCACAUCACGCGCGAGCUGAUCGAGCAGAUCACGAAGGCAGAGUCGCCGAUCGAUAUGCAAGCGCUACUCCCCUAUCUCAUCGCCGCUCUCGCCGAUCCUGUCAAGUCAAUUCGACAUGCAGCAGCCUCCGUCUGCCUUGCGCUGAGCGAUGUGUACAAGAUUGCCCACAACAAGGCGACGGAUGCUAAAGUGUGGAGCAGGAACAGCUUUCUCGGCAAAGACAGUUCAAAAUUGACGUGGCUGCCACUAGCUGAUGCACACAAGUUACUGGCCGAUGUGCUAGUGCCAAUUCUCGAAGACUGCGUUGUAAAUGCGGGCUACGUCGUCCAAGCACUGGCCGACAGCAUCAAUUCAACGUCGACCAACGCUGCCACGCCUCGGAAAGAGUUGAAGUCCUCGUCUCGAACGGGUGUCUACACAUUUUUGGCGUCCCACAUGGUCGUCACUCCAGUGCUCAAUGUUAAGCUUCGCAUAGGAAGCAUCCUAUGUCAGAUCGGAAAAGUCGCUGGUACCGCACGGAACCACAUCGUCGUUCCUUACGUUCAGGAUCACUUCAGUCGACCGACCAGCGCUACCUUUCCCAACGACUCGGCUAUACUGUCGAAGACUUUAGUCAGCUGUCUGACGCAACGUAGCGCUGAAGAGAUCCAACUACUGAAGACUUUGGCGACAGGCGAGCUGGGAGGUACCGAACAGACGAUAGAGCUCGGAUUUGCACGUCUGCGGCAGCUCUGGCCUGCAAUGAAAGACAUCACUCGAGCCGAGAUCGUGAAUUGGUUGCUGGAUUUGAGUCUCAAUGUCGAUUCCCCCGAGGAAACGCAAGCAGAUGCCAUCGAGACUCUCCGUAAUCUCACUUUGUCCUCAGAAAUUCUGGUCCAUCUUGUCGAAAGCCUGCCAAAUAUCGCCGAGCUGCAAGGACAGCCAACGCCUGCGAAGAAGCAGCGUACCAACAGGACUUCCGACGCGACCAAAGUCAUCGCUAUAGACAAGGAGAAGCUCAGUUCUGCUAUUCGUCGAAUCACCCUAGUGCUCGAACUUGUCGAGGGUUCCAAACCUGAGCGGCACCCACAGUUGCUCAAGGGACUUUUCUACAUUCUCGGCGAGCUUCACCAGUACAAGACGCUGCUGAAUUCAGAGCUGGUGUAUCUCCAAGGUUUGAUCAUCAAUGGCCUCCUGGAUGUUGUGCGUGGACUGGAGUCGACUGCAAACAAAAAUGUCGACCGCUCCGUCAUUCGGGCUGACCUCAUCGUGGAGUGCGUGCGAACAACGUCUAGUACACAAGUUCAUCACGCUGCUCUGUUAUUGAUGUCAGCACUGGCAUCGUGGGCGCCGGAUCUUGUUCUGCACAGUGUCAUGCCUCUUUUCACAUUCAUGAGCUCGACCAUUCUCAAGCAAGGCGAUGACUACAGCGCACACGUCACCGAUCAAACGGUUGCACGAAUCAUCCCGCCACUUGCAGCAUCACUCAAGAAGCGUGGUAAAGAUCUCAUUAGCGGCGCCGCAGAGUUGCUACUCAGUUUCACGGCGGCUUUUGAGCACAUCCCGCUGCAUCGAAGACAAGCUCUCUUUCAGCACCUUGUCGCGACACUUGGCGCUGAACAAUCUCUGUUCGCGGUCGUAGCCAUGUUGGUCGAAAGAUAUCCCGAUCAGACGAACGUUCUCCCCUUCGUGUCGGAGCUCAUGGGUAACUUUGAUGUCGCCGUGCAGCUCCACGCUGUCAGCCAAUACCUCGACCUUAUCGUCGACACCCUCAAGUCGAAGCGAGGUCUUUCGGACGUCAUCUUGGGUUACGCUGAGAAGAAUAAGGACCAGGCGAUAGCUGCAACGUCGGUCUUGCUCAGUGGCCUUGCAGAAACGCUUAGCCGCGACACCCUACGCAAGAGGCUUUCCAAAGAACUCAAGAACGAUGAAGAGGAAGCGGACAAUCUUCGUCGAACAUACUCUAAACUUCUCGAGAAGUCCAUGCAGCUUGGCCUCCAACUCAGGACCGAUGAUAUUCUUCACCACAACGCCAACCGUGUGCUCUCAGCUCUGCUCGGCUUAAUGCCCACCAAGGACUUCAUCGACGCGAGCGCAAUCCUCAUGCAGAGCGGCUCAGACGAGAUUCGACAACAGGUCUUCUGGUCGCUCGAGCAGCGCGUCAAGACCGCCAAGCGUGGAGAUGCAGCUCUUCAGACCAUCUUCGGCGAAACUCUCACCAACUGCGCGAUCUUUGUUACCCCCUCGCAGCCUGUUGCGACACGGAUCGCCGCUAUCACAUGCAUUGACAACAUUUCCGAGAAGUUUGGAAAGACGGAUCGCACUGCGGUCAUGCAAGCUGCGCAACAAAUCGCUGGCGAGGCAGCGCUUGGCCACAAAGAGAGCACACUUCGCCGUAUCUCCCUUCUGUGCUUGGCCAGUAUGGUGGAAGUGCUUCAAGACGAGUUCAUCCCGGUGCUGCCAAAAACGCUAGACCGGACGCUUCAGUAUCUUGCGGAAGGCCUCGGGGAUGAAGCCAGAGUGGACGAGAGCAUGCUCACGGCUUGUUUCAGCUUCGCAAUGGCUAUUCUCGACCACCUUCCAUGGAUGCUCUCAGGCAAAUAUCUGGAGCAGUUGCUGGUCCUCGCGGCGAAGGCAAACAGCUACAAGGCCAAGCAAUUCAGCGAGUUGACUGCUAAGAAAGUCGCUGCUCAUGAGUUGCUUAGUGCGAUUGAGCGAACACUGGAAGAUGUCGUCGCCCUUGGUAAAGACGCCGUCGGCCUUCACAUGGAAACUCUGCACGAAACGAUCAAGAUCCAGACCAAAUCCACUAUUGCAAAGAAUGCGCAGCUGGUUUUCUCGAUCCUGCUUUCGGCGUUCGACAUCCGCCGCAGACUUCCUCCAUCAGAAGAGGAGGACUCCGAGGUCGAGUCGUCACCGUACGAGCUGGUCACUGCUGCCGCCAUGGAAGCUGUUCUCAAGCUCAACGAUGCAACAUUGCGACCAUUCUUCACUCGCAUUGUCGAAUGGGCCGGAGCUCUGCCAAAGAAGGACGUACAGGGAGCAUGCUGCCGCAGUAUCAGCCUCUACAGCUUUGCACUGGCACUCUUUGACCAGCUCAAGUCUCUUGUCACAAGCUACGGCAGUUUCAUUCUGGGCAGUGCUGCUUCUCAGCUCCCGAAUCUGUUGGCUCGCGGCAACGACUCUACCAGCGAGCAGUUCGAACUCUUCGAUCUCGUACUGCAAGCCUUGACCGCGAACUUCAGCAACGACCAAGACGGUUUCUGGCAAGCACCUGCGCAUUUUGACGCAAUCGCUGAGCCUCUCAUCAGCCAACUCAAACGUCCAGGCAGCGUCGUGAACCACUCAGAGUUCCUCAUCCCAGCCAUUAUGGAGCUCGCCGCCGCUGCUGGCUCUCCGGAGCACCACAAAGCAAUGAACACUAUGAUCAUGUCAUACAUGCGACACGAAGGCGCCGACGUCCGCCUGGCUGCAGUCAAGUGUGAGCGUGCCCUGACGGAACGUCUCCACGUCGACUGGAUCGGCCUUCUGCCGGAGAUGUUACCGUUCAUUAGCGAGCUGCAGGAGGAUGAUGAUGGAGAGGUUGAGAGAGAGGUGGGCCGGUGGAUCCUGGAGAUUGAGGGUGUCACUGGCGAGAGCCUUGAUAGCAUGUUACAGUAG